AUGGCCAAGAGUUUGACCUCAUCCGAAAGUACAGUUUUGACAUAUGAACAGUGCAAAGCGGUCACAGCCCCGUUCUACUGUGAGGAAAACGUGUGUAACAUCCUGAAACUGGCCUUGCAGGCCGGUGCGAAGAUUGGGGACUUGUUCGCUGUUUUUGUCAGUAGUCCCGACAGACUUGUUCCGUUUCGUGAGCAAAAGUCCACAUUCAAAGAGAAAGGGGGCAUGUGCUAUUGGGAUUAUCAUGUUAUCCCGUUGAUUCUUACAUCUACAAGGCGAAAUUCAGAGAAGACCGCUCUAGUUUAUGACGUUGAUUCUGUAUUGCCUUUUCCGUCCAGUCUACAGCAUUACGUUACUCAUUCUAUUCCGGCACCUUUUCAUGGAAUGGAUUAUCAACAAAUCCAUAUAAAAGAGUUCAGGCACUGCUUCCGAGUGGUGAACUAUGGAGAGGUUAUGACGCGCUUUUCAUCAGAUAGGAGACAUAUGCUGCUCCCUGCCUCUCACUGGAGGGAAGCUGGUGUUCCUGAGUAUACGAGCGUGCCUCCACCAUGGCCAUGCUUCAAGCCAGAUGCAAGCUCUCAUCCACACUCUCUGCCCUUGUUUUUGAAGAUGGACGCUGCAAUGGAGGACGACUUGUUUAAGGUUAACGGCGAGUUGUCUCAAGAAGAAGCUCCUGGGGAGCUAUUCUGUUGCGUUGAGGACCUCUUCAAGUUUUUCGACAGGUUAAUCGUUGAUCCUCACUAG